UUUUUUAUGAGCGCAGGAUGGGGUAUACACUAUACAGAAUCUUCUUGCCACACUUUGUUCCCAGGACUCCGGCACUCACCAGGUCCUUGAUGUCGAUCAUGCCGGAAGAACGGAAAUCUCUCCUGCUAGCUACAGCAAAGCGCCCCAACUCACCUCACGUCUGCGUCGUCUACCAUUCCCUACAGUACCUACGGACGGGAUACCACCAACAGCAAGGGGUCCACUUACUUGCAGAUGCUCCAGUGCUCGAGCAAAAUUCAAUCAUUAACUCAUCUCAGCUACCCCACUCGCAAAACUCCGGCUGAACAGGAGGACGCCAUGCUCGUGGCUACUGUGGGAGGUACUCUCGAGUACUGCUGUGGUUCGCAGACAGACAGACAUACACGGUAUGCAAAAUUUGGGUGUCAAUGAUUGCAUUCAACCAUCAAUUGCAUGCAACCACAUUGGAUUAGUUUGACGGUUGGUGUUCUGCAUAGAAUGUGUCAACCGUCAGUUCGUAGAGUCGGGUUACGCAAAGAUCAUGUCGAGUGACUGCUGCUGCAGCCGGUGCAGACAGAAUGCAGAUGGAAAUGGAGG